UUCAUUGCGAGGAACCUGAGCCUGCACCCUCCUGCACCAUGAUGCUGACUCAAGCUGAAAAGGCCGCCGUGGUGUCCAUCUGGGCAAAGGUGGCUACCCAAGCUGAUGCCAUUGGGGCAGAAUCACUGGAGAGGCUUUUCUCCAGCUACCCCCAGACAAAAACCUACUUCCCUCACUUCGAUCUCAGCCAAGGCUCAGGUCAGCUUCGUGCUCAUGGCUCCAAGGUCAUGAACGCCAUCGGGGAAGCCGUGAAGCAAGCUGAUGACAUUAGAGGUGCAUUGGCCAGGCUCAGUGAGCUGCAUGCUUACAUCCUCAGGGUGGACCCAGUGAACUUCAAGCUGCUUUCCCACUGUAUCCUCUGCUCUGUGGCUGCCCGCUACCCCAGUGACUUCACCCCAGAAGUUCAUGCUGCGUGGGACAAAUUCCUGUCCACUAUCUCCUCUGUUCUGACCGAGAAGUACAGAUAA